UUGGCCCAACCUUACUCCUGGCGGCGGAAGGUGGAAGUUUGAGGUGGCCUUCGCCUCGGGGCCCGUUGGGGCAACGCGGUGUGCAUAGCUGUCGCUGUGUGGUCAGCGCGGGCUCUGACGCUAGGAAAGUUUUUUUGGUGAGGCCGCUGGAUAGGCGUCGAUGCUGUCCAUUCGUGCGGAAUGAACGUUUUCGCCACUUUCGAGCCUCGUGCGCGGUUUUCGAUCACUGCCGCGCCGCUGGCUACGUUCUCGCGUCCCGCACAUGGCACAGCUGUGGCUGCGGCGGCCGUGGUGUGCGUGCCCCGAAGUUUUGUUCUUGGCUUCUUUCUUGUUUUUGUUUCGCACUCAGUGCGUUGCGCAAGAAAGCAGCGCCUUGUUGCUGUGUUUGCGGUGGGACGAAAGUGCUGCUUGUGAUGAGGCGCGGCCUGUGCGCUCGCGAGACAGACAGCGCCGUGAAGUUCUUGUUUUCGCAUCGGCCGAAACCUUGAGUGCGUGUGUGUGUGCGUGCACGCGGGGCCUUUGUGGACCCGUGGAGUGAAGGGGUUUGCAGCGCGGAGACGUUCCCGCACCGGCGGUCGCGAACGGUGGGGAAUGGGGCCGAUGGCUUUCGGGGCGAAGCUCGCCGUCGAAGAUUCUCCCCGAUUGACGUGGUGAGCUCGACACAGUUGAGAGGAAGACCCCGUUUUUUGGAGCAUGGGCCGAGGCGACGCCCGUUCGGACUCGGACGAAUCCGUGCAGUGGGAAGAGUUUUUCGGCCCAUCGCUUGACAUUAGCGGCUCCCUGCUUGCUAUGUACGACAGCCUGGCAUCUGAGCUACGCUCGGAUGGGUCCUCCUGCCCGCCGCCGACUCGCCCACCGCCUGCAGCUCGUCGUCCUCUCAGUUCUAGCUCAGACUGUUCUUCAUCCUCUUCCUCAUCGUCAUCGCUCUUGCCUCCUGGACUAGGUGGUGUGAAGAAGUCUUACCUGGCAAGCGUCGAGAGCCUGGAAGAUGAUGUUCCUGCAGCACUUCGUGGGAACCGAGCACUCUGUCGUACUACGUUCGCCGACAACAGUGCUGUGGCCAUGCACAGAAGCCUGCUUAGCCAUCCUCAUGGAGGCAAUGCAGGCUGUGGCCCUGACCAGCCGAGCUACUUGGAUCGCGUUCUGCUAGAAGUGGUGGACACCGAGAGGACAUAUGUGCGUGACAUUGGGGCCAUUGUAGAGGGCUACCUGAAGCCAUUGCCACUGCUGACUGACAGCAAGAUAAAGCCAGAAGAGCUGAAGAGUCUAUUUGGCAACAUCGAGAGCAUCUAUGCAUUCAACAGUGGGUUCCUGGAGCAGCUCGAAAAGUGUGGCUUUGACCCGGUGUCCAUCGCUCGGUGCUUUGUGGCCAACAGCAGUGGCUUUUCUGUAUACACAGAGUUCUGCACAAGUUAUCCAACGAUGGUUUCAACCCUGACAGAGCUAGUUGGUAAAGCAGAGACAGCGGAGAUAUUCAAGGCUCGCCAGACGUCACUUCACCACAGCCUGCCACUGGGAUCCUACCUGCUCAAGCCUGUGCAGAGGAUUCUCAAGUACCAUCUGCUUCUUCAGAACAUAGUGAAGCACGUGGACAAGGAGAGCCCAGGUUACCCUGAUGUGAAGAAUGCCUUGUCUGUGAUGACGGGCAUAGCGUACCACAUCAAUGACAUGAAACGGAGGCACGAGCAUGCAGUACGAGUACAGGAGAUACAGUCACUCCUUUACGGAUGGCAGGGUGAAGAUCUCACUACCUUUGGCGAGCUGGUGGCCGAGGGCUGCUUCCGCAUGCUGGGUGCCAAGGCCCUGCGGCACUUGUUCCUCUUUGACAAGAUGCUGCUAGUGGCGAAGAAGCGUGAGCAGGGUAUCCUACACUACAAGACGCACGUGGUGUGCUCCAACCUGAUGCUCAUUGAGAGUAUCCAAGGGGAGCCUCUCUGCUUUCAGGUGGUGCCCUUCAACAGCCCUGACUACCAGUACUCCUUCCAGGCUCGCAAUCUCGAGCAGAAGCGUGAGUGGUGCCUGCAGCUGAAGCGAGCCAUCAUUGAGAGCUUCAGCGCUGUCAUUCCCAGUCACGCCAAGCAGCUGGUGUUGGAGCUCGGCCAAAAUGACAGAGGCCUGCUGUGUGAGAGAGGACCGGUGAAGAAGACACUUGGGGCACCGGAGUACUUGAAGAGACGCAGAUACGACCGGCGCAAGUCAGAGAGCAGUCUGCACAGGGCUUUGCAGCUGUCACGAGGCUCAAGAAAGGUGAGAUCAACCACAUAUGUCCAGAGCUGGUGGGGUGUUGCUCAGCUGCAAUGGCAUCUUCGGAGGAGGUGCCCUCCUUGCCUUGCUUCUCUCACAUCUUCGACAAGGCUAUUGUGGGAUUCUCCCCCCCCCCCCCCCUUUUUCACUCUGUCUCGUAUCGCGUUAUCUGCUAAGCAAGGGAGUCACAAUACUGGCUUUCAGGGGCUAACUCUUAAAAUAGGGCGCAGGAUUGAAAGGACACUGAAUUCAAAAGUGAAACAUGUAGUCCACAAUAUGAAUGCUCGCAGAAUGUACUUUACUGUUGCUCAUGAUGCAUUGAAACGAAGCUGUGCGUGCUACAGAAAUUGUGCCUUGCAGGCUCGCCUCACCAAGUCGUGCUCUUGCCAGCCUGUCUCAUGCCAGAGGAUCAGUACAUUGGAUCCUGCAGAGUUCCAGUGCUGCCCGGAGUACACCCAAUCUGGUACAGCAACAACCAGCAGCCAGAACUUGGGUCCAAGCUCACCCACUUCACCGAGAUCCGACACCUCAUGCUAUGCAGGCAAGCCAGAAGCAAGGACAGUAGAAAGACUCGAAUCGAGAAGUUCCAGUGAGGAGCCGUGGCCGCCCUGGAAGCAGUGUCCGAGAACUAGUGUGGACACCAGUGACACAGAAAAUGAAGAUGGUGCCUGCAUGGUAGACGUACGCAGACUCCUCCGCUACAGGCCGUCUGUGCGCUCGCCAAGCUACCACUCCGAGGAGAUCCCGGGCGAGUACGUCACUUUUGAGUUUGCUAGUCGGCACAUAAGCGAGCAGUCUUACGGUGCCACAUACUGCACUUCUGCCGGUACCGACUUCACCGCACUCUGGGCAAGGCUCGGUGCCCAUGCUGCUUCAAUUCCAUCUUCUAGUAAACUGGUCCAGAGGAGCCACUCUUUCAGCGAGGCAGCACUUCCCGAGACUGAUUGCCCAGAAAGAAGCAAGGCGGCGGACCUUCGACGAGUCAAAAGGGAGAACAGUGUACCUGAAGACUGGUUGAACAGCCUCGAGGAACACCUCCCUCCAAAUGCCUGCAAGCGGUGCGGCUCACUCCCGCGCAGUUUCCGUCACGGCACCCCAACAUCACCCUCCUCCGAGACUGGCUCCAAGAUGCACCAGCUCAGAGCUCGCAUGGAGCGGCUGCGGCUGCAAGCCCCGGAGCAGCGACCUUUCACGAUAGCAUCUGACCAGCCUUCCCGAGCAGACUUCAUCGAUGGACCCGGAAGCUACAUGCCUCAAGGAAACCACAGCAGCCAGUUCAGCAGCCAGGAGCUGAACCCUGUGGCCAGUGUGGAAAACCUGGCGUCCUCUGUGGUUCACCCCGAGCAUCGAAUAUACCGCCGGGAUACUCUGCACGGUGGCUCCUGGCGCAACACGCUCUUAGGCCUGGGCACAAAGUUGACGCGCGUCCUGUGGUCGCCUAACCUGAACAAUGGCCCCGCACGCAACGCUGAAGGACAACUGAGCCACGGGUCAAGUCGAGACAGCGUACGCAGCAACGAUUCUCGACUGGCCCAGCUUAAAGCUGUUGGCUCGUUUAGCCGAGCAUGUGCCAGCGUUAUACAGUCUAAGGCAAGGCACCUUCCGCGGUUUUCGAGUCUGCAUGGUGUCCAGGGCAACUCCACGGCUGCGGCACGAAUUGCUCGGCAGCGAGAGCCUGACUAUUGCAUUCCUCAGACCAUCCUCGCCAUAUUGAACAAAAACGAAAGUGGUGGCAACACUGGCAAUCUGCAGCCAGAAGCUGACAGCAGCCCCAAGCCUGUGCCAUUGAUUCCACACCUGGCCAACGCUGUCCUGGAACUGGAUGAUGACACCGACUCCGAGAACAGCGAUUCCUCGGCGGACAGUUACUAUGAAAGGAACUUCGAGGCCAUCGAGGACGUCCUGGCUGAUGACAUGUUUCGCGACUCCGCAAUCUACAGCGAUCCGGAGGAGGUCAGUGGCAGCGAGCAUGAGGUUGCAGUGAAACCAGGCCUGUUGGCACGUAGGGCUAAUAGCAACAAGCUCCAAGCUGUUGCAGAGAAGCUGCCACCACACGAGGAUUCGAGUCAAGCUGACCAGCAGCAAGCAUCCGCAGAGUCUAGUUUGUGCACAUCAUCCCCUGGGCCCGCACCAGUGGCAUGCCGCCAAAGAGGCUGGGUGAAGCACAUUGUCGACAAGUUCCAGGCAAAUAUGGCAUCCAACUCCUAGUCCCCUCCCCGUGCACGAGUGCCUUUGAAUGCCCUUGGAUGGCAAAGUCCAGUGCAACGUAAACCAGCAACCAAAGAAAGCAGGGUCUCACUCGGUGCAUUGAUACUUCCAGCUCAGACCCGACAGGUGUGGCUGUCCUUGGCCAGGAGAUUUGACUGUGCUCCAGUAUGGCUCUGAACUCCACACAGAAUGCUGUUGGUGACACAACUCACUUUCGGCAGUGCAGGUCGACUCACUGUAGUUGCACGAGCAGAUUUGUCCCACUAAUGCAGGAAACAUCGCAUCAAAACGGAAUGUGCUCAGUUGCAUCGCUUAGCAGCACACCAGACUGUCGUCAUUGCCGUUGUACAUUGGGGCCAUUCCAUCAGGCUCUGCAAAGCAGAAGCCUUUUACUUCGCUCACAAAUCAUGCAUGUCAAUUCAGACAGGCUAGACAUAAGAUGUGGCAGAGCUGCACUACUGCGUUGAGUCAGUGAGUCAGUAUGCAUGAAUAGCCUUCUUGCUUUCAGAUGACUUGGAACAGCGAUAGCGUUAACUUAGACUAUGCCGGUUGGAAAGCCAUAAAGAUAGCAUUCUCUGUUGCCGUACUAAGUCUCGCUGGUAGUAUAGUUAUUUUGUAAUUGUUUCUUUGUUUACACUCCAUACGUGUUGUAUGGAGUAAUUGAUAAGUGUUCCUCUAUUCCCUCAUGUGCAGCUUUUGAGGCAAAGCAUGUUUUAGAGAACCAUUUUUGUUUUUCCAGAUGUGUAGUUUUAAACCGUUGCUUUUAGUCUUUUUUUUUUUUUUUUUCGUGUGAAAUUUGCUAAUUGGUGUUGUCUGAUUUAUCGUGUGAACUGAGCAGGAUUCUGUUGUCCUUACGAAGCUGCAAUAUUUGAAUAGUCCUUUCCCUUUUGAGCAACGAUAAGUGAGCACAAGAGACUUGGAAAAAGAGCAGCUGCAGGAGUAUGAACUUAAUUGUUUGCACGUACAGCACAAUGUAGAAAUGCUGCACCUGUAGCUACGUACCAUGCUCUAAAAGGGUAUUAAAGGCAAAUGUUAAGUCUAGCUAGAGUGAUAGAUGGUGCUUCUCGAUAUCUCCCAGAAUUUUAUUUGUGCCAAGAAAAAAUGUAAU